CGGCUCCUCCCCUUGGGGGGGGCGUGGCGGCCGGGUGCCGGUGGCGAGUGGUGGCCCCGAGGAGGUGCCGGUGUGUCCCUGUCCGUGUGUCGUCCCCCACCACCCCCCCCACCCCGCCAUGGCCACCGUGAGGAAGGUCGCCAUCUUCGGGGCCACCGGCCGGACGGGGCGGCCCACGCUGGGCCAGGCGCUGCAGGAGGGGUACACGGUGACGGUGCUGGUGCGGGACCGGGCCCGGCUGCCCCCCGAGUGCGACCCCCAGCGCGUGGUGGUGGGCGACGUGCUGGACCCCGCGGCUGUGGCCGAAGCCGUGAGGGACCAGGACGCCGUCAUCAUCCUCCUGGGCACCCGCGAUGACCUGGGCCCCACCACGGUGAUGUCUGAGGGCACCAAGAACAUCGUGGCGGCCAUGAAGACCCACGGCGUCCGCAAGGUGGUUGCCUGCCUCUCGGCGUUCCUGCUGUGGGACCCCCAGAAGGUGCCCCCCCGGCUGAUGCCGGUGACCGAGGACCACAUCCGCAUGGAGCACGUCCUGCGGGAGUCGGGGCUCGACUGUGUCUACGUCGUGCCCCCCCACAUCGACGGCUCGGGGCCUCUGACUGGGGAUUACUGGGUGUCACUGGGAGCCGCCGGCGCCUCCCGGGUCAUCUCUGCCCCCGACCUGGGCCAUUUCCUGCUGCGCUGCCUCCGCACCCCCCGCUACGACGGGAAACGCGUCUACGUCUGCCGGGAAUACCCCCGGGAAUGACGGAGCCAUCGGCAGCGGGGGAGGGGGGGAAGGGGGGGGAGGCCCCAAAACCCCAAAAUCCAAAAAAAACCCCCAAAACCCCCCAAAUCCCCCUGAAGAAAACGCCAAAUCCCCCCCAAAAAACCCUAAAACCCCCCCAAAAUCCACCCAAAAACCCACCCUGAAAACGCCAAAAUCCACCAAAAAAAACCCCAAAUCCACACAAAGCCCUAAACCCCCCCCAAAUCCACCCAAAAACUUCAAAACCCACCCGAAAAUGCCAAAAUCCACCCAAAAAACCCCCAAAUCCACCCAAAAAGCCCUAAAACCCCCAAAAUACCCCCAAAUCCACCCAAAAUAACCCCAAAUCCACCCAAAAUCCACCCAAAAACCCCCAAAACUUCCCCCCAAAAUCCCCCCAAAACCCCCAAAUCCCCCCCAAAAAAACCCAAAUCCAACCAAAAAAAACCCCAAAAUCCACCCAAAACCCCUCCAAAACUUCCCCCCAAAAUCCCCCCCAAAAAACCCCCAAAUCCCCCUGAAGAAAACACCAAAUCCACCGAAAAAAACCCUAAAACCCCCCAAAAUCCCCCUCAAAAAACCUCAAAACCCACCCCGAAAAUGCCAAAAUCCACCCAAAAAACCUGCAAAUCCACCCAAAAAGCCGUUAAAACCCCCCAAAAUCCACCCAAAAACCUCAAAACCCACCCCGAAAACGCCAAAAUCCACCCAAAAAGCCCUAAAACCCCCCAAAAUCCACCCCAAAACCUCAAAACCCACCCCAAAAAUGCCAAAAUCCACCCAAAAAAUCCCCCAAAUCCACCCAAAAAGCCCUAAAAACCCCCCAAAAUACCCCCAAAUCCGCCCAAAAAAACCCAAAUCCAGCCAAAAUCCACCCAAACCCCCCAAAAACUUCCCUUCAAAAUCUCCCCCCAAAUCCCCCCCAAAAAAAUCCAAAUCCAACCAAAAAAACCCCCAAAUCCACCCAAAAAAAACCCCUAAAACCCCCCCAAAUCCACCCAAAACCCCUCCAAAAACUUCGUCCCAAAAUCCCCCCCAAAAACCCCAAAUCCCCCCCGAAAAAAACCCCAAAUCCACCCAAAAACCCACCAAAUCCACCAAAACAAACCCUCAAUCCCCCCCAAAUCCACCCAAAAACCUCAAAACCCACCCAAAAAAACCUAAAAGCUCCCAAAAUCCUCCCCAAACCCCCAAAUCCACCCAAAAACCUCAAAACCCACCCAAAAACCCGCCACAAUCCACCAAAAUCCACCCAAAAUACCCGAAAUCCACCCAAAAAAACCCAAAAUCCACCCAACCCUCCCCAAAUCCACCCAAAACCCCCCAAACUUCCCCCUAAACCCCCAAAAUCUACCCCCAAAAAACCCAAAUCCGCCCAAAAAAACCCAAAUCCACCCCAAAACCUCAAAAUCCACCCAAAAAACCACCAAAAUACCCCCAAGAACGUCCCCCAAAGUCCCUCCAAAAUCCACCCAAAAAACCCCAAAUCCACCCCAAAACCCCUAAAAUCCCCCCAAACCCACCCAAAACCCCCAAAAUCCUCCCAACCCCCCCCCAAAUCCACCCAAACCCCCCCCGUUUCCCCCUCCCCCCUCCCAAAACCCCCAAUUUUCCCCCAAAAAACCUCCCCCCGGGAGAAUAAAUCCGGCUUUUUCCCAGCCCCGCU